UGGUGGUGGUGGUCAAAGGGGGGUAACUCACAAUGACAAUAUUUCAAGAUGGCGGCGCCCAUGCGAAGCAUGGUAGUGCGAAGUAGAUUGACGAGUAUUUUGUCUUCAGUAGAAGCUGCAGUAUGUAUAAAUCGAUCUGUGACAUGGUGCUGUAUGCAGUAUCACUAUGCACGGAGACAUCUCACAACCCAGGCAGGAGGGACAGGAUCAUUAACACCGACAUCUGCGAUAGCCGAUUCUGCAGCUUCAACCGCACCAAACCAGUCACCGCGGCCUAGCGACAUUCCUGAUGUUCAGCAAGCCAAAGAUCACAUGACGUCAGGACAACAACAACGGGAUGUUAGCAUGACGAAAGAUGGCCAGCACUGGAGGCUCCUCAUGGAGCCAGAUCAACCGCCGGGCGCCAAGGUGCUGAGGGUCGCCAUCAUCGGCGUCCCCAACUCUGGGAAGUCCACGCUCACCAACAGACUCAUGGGAUGGAAAGUUUCUGCUGUGUCUAAGAAGGUUCACACAACACGAAGGAAUUCAAUGGCCGUCCACACAGAAGGAAAUACACAGAUAGUGUUCAUCGACACACCUGGCAUAAUGCAUCCCAUGGAGAAGAAAAGACACGGCCUUGAGAAGAGCCACUUCCUGGACCCAGCCCGGAGUCUGGAGCAGGCAGACUUAGUGGGAGUGUUGGUGGACGUGUCAGACGCCUGGAAGAGAGACCGCCUGGACCCGGUUGUGCUGAGGCAUCUCCACCUCCGCCCACACGUUCCAUCAGUCCUCAUCCUCAACAAGAUUGACAGUGUACAGGAGAAGGAGACGCUCCUCCAGUGUACGCGAUGUUUGACGGAGGGGAUCGUGAACCGUACACCAAUCAAAGCAACACCAAUGAGACAACCCAAGAAGGAGGGGAUAAACUUAAAGGAGAUGUUCGACCGUUACGAACGGGAUGCCAUCAAGAGGGGAGCAGACCCAUCUGUGACAGGUGACCUCUCCAACAGAGAUGCGGACUCAGGCGUCAGGAAGCAGGACAUUGAGGACGAUGAAGGGAAAACAAAGUCAGAACGGUUCAAGAAACGUCACAUCCUGCCUCUAGGGUCAGAGGUCAAGGACGAUGAUGGAUUGCCAAAUAAGGCAAUGCGACAGAAGAUCCGUCAGUCUCGAGGCUGGCCUCACUUUGACCGCGUGUUCAUGGUGUCCGCGCAGACUGGAGAUGGUAUCAAGGAGGUCAAGGACUACCUGAUGUCGUGUGCGGGACCGGGGGACUGGGAGUAUCACAGCAGUGUGGUCACGGAGGAUGACACGUUCCACAUCGCCAGGACCUGUGUCUGGGAGAAGCUGCUGGAUAAUCUGCCGGACGAAAUACCCUACCAGAUCUACCCGGAGAUCAUCGUGUGGGAGGUGGACGAACACCAGAAUCUGGACAUUGCGAUGGACAUCGUGACUCAGCGGCCGUAUCACUUGCGCUCCCUGGUGGGAAGAAGAGGGGAGACAAUCAGACUGAUCACAGCUCAGGCGAGGCAGGAAAUCAUGAACGUGUUCCGAUGUGAUGUCCGCCUCCAUCUUCAGGCCAGGAUAGGCUCCAAGCUGCAGGCCAAGAUGCGACAAGGCAGACCCCGGCGACAGAUGCGGCCAUUCAGCAGGGGAAGACAUUCGGGAUAUGACGGACAACCAGAACCCUAAUUUUCGAGUUUGUGAUGUUGCUGUACAUUUCUUGUAUUUUGGGGGCAUUUGUCCCGACUUUUGCAGAGACAAAGCAGCUAUAUGAGACAUCUGAUGGUUACCAUGUGUGGCCUGGCUGAUAGAAUGUUGUCGUACCGGGACGUCAUGGAUCAUAGCCCGUCAAAAACUGGUUUUCCAGGCUAAGACUUGGUUAAUUACAGGUCCACGUGAUAUGACAGAACUAUUGCUUUGUCACUCACUACGCUACAUGUGUUGGGUGGUUGGUUGAUGCAUGUAACCGUAUCCCCAUUGCAUGGAUCAAUGCUCAACAUGUCAAUCACUGGAGUGUCAGGUCCAGACUCGAUUAUUUACCCCCAAAUCAUAUAGCUGGAAUAUUGCUGAGUGUGGCGUUUGUUUCGAGUUAUGGCCGUGUUCCACAAAGCGAUCUUAGCAUUACGUUAACCAUAUUUCAAUGUUAAAGUCUUGGCGCUAAGUUCACAUUGUGGAAAGGGGACCAGGGCAUCAUUUCACAACGCAAUCGUAUCGCUAUGAAUGUUGUAAUUCUGUCAAAGUUUGAGAGUUACGAUCAUCUUUUCACUAAGGUCGCUUAUGUGUUAUUUAGGGAUAGUGCAGGAGCCUUGUGGAUGGUUUGUCCAUGCUCACAUGUGAAGCCCAUUGUGACUGGAAUAUUUCUAAGAGUGGCAUUAAAACAAUAUUCACU